AUGAUAAAAGUGCAAGACACCUACCGCGGCCCCAGGCACGCAGGCGAAUAUGAUCGCCUUCGAACACAGCAUGCGCUCGUCAAGACAUCGAUGAAUGGCAAACUCCUUUACUGCCCUGUGGAUCUCAAUCAGCCAAAUAUCCGUAUUCUAGACUCCGCCACAGCAGAGGGUACAUGGUUGAUCGAUCUCGCACAAUCGGUCCCUUCCUCAGCGACGCUAAUCGGCACCGACAUUGCGCCUCAACAUUUUGCAGCCGAACUAGGGCGCCCCUCCAACGUUCAGCUCCUGACUCACUCUAUCUUGGAUACCUGGCCAGUCGAGCUCCAGGGGAGCUUUGAUGUAGUGCAUCAGCGAUUCGUGUUAACGGUAGCUUCAAACGAAACAGGCCCGGACGCUGUUCGGAAGCUCUUUGCGUGUGUCAAGCCCGGUGGGUGGAUUGAGUUACAUGAGGGAAAUAUGCUAUCUAUCCAAGAGGGACCUGAACAUGCUGCAUUCACCACCUUCCGAGAUAUCAUGGUAAAUGCGUGGGCGGCAAUUGGCAAUCAGCCGAGUCCAGGGUCUUACCUAGUGACUUGGUUAAAAGAGGCUGGGGCGGUCGAUAUCCAAGAGGACAUUCAGACCAUUCGAGUUGGUGCUGCAUCGGAGGAUAAAGAACAGGGUGAGCGAGCAGUGCAAGUGUUACUUCACCUUUUAGAUGGAAUGAAGAUGAUGCUUGGUGAUAAACCUGGACACCCUACAAAGAAGGAAUUUGAUGAGCUUAAGAGGGAUCUUGAGACCGAACUGCGCACCGUGGGAAAUGUAUACUACUAUCACCUUGCCUGGGCGCGGAAGGGUUGA